UCGGGCCCUCGGGGCCGGUGCCCCUGGCUGCGCCCUCCCCGCUGGCCGGGCCCUGGAAGGACCCAGGAGCUGUCGCCGGCAUCAGCCCAUGGCCCGGAGGUAUGAUGAGUUGCCCCAGUACCCAGGCGUCGUGGACGGCACCACAACCUUGGCUGGCUUCUCAGAGGCAGUGUCCUCAGCCACAAGAGCCUCGGGACCCUAUGGCCCCCACCGGCCAGCCCAGCCCCCACGCCCAGGCUUGGACAGUGAUGGCCUGAAGAGGGAGAAGGAUGAGAUCUACGGACACCCACUCUUCCCCCUGCUGGCCUUGGUCUUUGAGAAAUGUGAACUGGCCACGUGCUCACCCCGUGAUGGGGCAGGCACAGGGCUGGCCACUCCCCUGGGGGGGGAUGUCUGCUCCUCCGAUUCCUUCAACGAGGACAUCGCUGCCUUUGCCAAGCAGGUGCGCUCGGAAAGACCCCUCUUCUCCUCCAACCCGGAGCUGGACAAUCUGAUGAUACAGGCCAUACAAGUACUCCGGUUCCACCUGCUAGAGCUGGAGAAGGUCCACGACCUGUGCGACAACUUCUGUCACCGCUACAUCACCUGCCUCAAGGGAAAGAUGCCCAUCGACCUGGUCAUCGAGGAUCGGGAUGGCAGCUGCAGGGAGGAUCUCGAGGACUACCCAGCUUCUUGCCCCAGCCUCCCAGAUCAGAAUAAUGCAUGGAUUAGAGACCACGAAGACAGCGGGACCCCAGGUCCCUCCAGUGGGGGCCUGGCCUCCCAGAGCGGGGACAACUCCAGUGACCAAGGAGACACAAGUGUGGCCUCACCAAGUUCUGGUGGAGAGGAUGAGGAGCUGGACCAGGAACGGCGGCGGAACAAGAAGAGGGGGAUCUUUCCCAAGGUGGCCACCAACAUCAUGAGAGCCUGGCUGUUCCAGCACCUCUCGCACCCGUACCCCUCGGAGGAGCAGAAGAAACAGUUGGCGCAAGACACAGGGCUCACCAUCCUACAAGUAAACAACUGGUUUAUUAACGCCCGGAGACGCAUUGUGCAACCAAUGAUUGACCAAUCCAACCGCACAGGGCAAGGUACCACCUUCAGCCCAGAGGGUCAGCCCAUGGGGGGCUACACAGAAACUCAAACACACAUGGCUGUCAGGCCUCCAGGAUCAAUGGGAAUGAGUUUGAACUUGGAAGGAGAGUGGCAUUAUCUAUAGAAUCUGGAUUCAGGAGAAAGCUCUAGGCUGUGACCACCAGCUCCCACUUGGUUCCAGUUCCUGCCUGACCCUCUGGCCUCAGGACCCCACCUCCUAAGGCCCCUCCCCACUUAAUGCCUACCUCCCUGGGGCCCUGCCAGGACAUGGGGGGGCCUGUGUACCCCCUGGAGGGUCUCUCAAGGACAAAGACAAGGCCUCCACUUCUGCCCCACUUCUGCCCUCACCUCUGCCUGGAACCCUAGCUGAAUUUCUAGGCUUGGGUCUUCAGAAGCUGGUGACUGGGUCCUGUCCCCACCUCCAGGAUAGAGAAGGGAUUGGGGGUGAGCUGGGGCUGUCAGGGAAGGAAGGUCACCCGGAUCCGAUGUUUGGAAGAGGUUCCUUUCAUCCUACUCACCUCCUCUCUCCCCCUACCUUCCUUCUCUGAUGUCUUCUACCUUUUUUUUAAUGAUAAAAUCUUAAAAACAAGAAGCCACCAAUUUGAGUUCUUGUGUCUCUGCCAAGAUUCAAGUUUUCAUCAAGUUGAAGCUCAUAAAUCACUAAUUAUAACAAUAAUUGAUACAGAGACAAGGGGCCUGCUGCCCAGUGCACAUAAAACCAACAUUAUGAAACCAGCAUUUUGAAAGAAGAGUUUAUUUGUGAGACUGGUGAGAAGACAGGAGC